CAAUAAACCAAUAAUUUUAGACGCGAAAAAUUUUUCUUUCCCGUGUAAUAAACAUUUGCAGUGGAAAUGGCAACUUGGAAGCCGUCCAAAGAUUCAUUUUCGACCGAAACCACGCCUAUAUGUCGAAACUGUUUGGCGACAGAUGGAACUUUUGAGCCGGUAACUACCGAUGAAAGAGGCGAAUUUCUUUCACAACAAGUACUUUCCUGUACAAAUGUUCAGAUGGAGCUAUUGCCAGGAUUUACAACAUAUUUGUGUUCGGCCUGCAAAUUGCGGUUGGAUUUUGUGGAUAAGUGCCGCUCGAUAUACAUUCUAAACAGUGUAAAACUCAACCGGGCUAUGAAAGAAGUAGACACCACCCAUUUGACCGGUUUCGAAACAACUGCAAAGCGUUCUGACGGUGACAUAGAGCAAAUGGAUGACAUUAAAUCGGUGGUCAAAACAGAGGUUGCCUUAGAAGAUUCGGAAGAGGAUUAUCAAUUGAGUCAAACGGUUUCAAAUUCACAACAGAUGAGUAGUGCGUACGAUUACAAUUUUCUUAAUGACUUGUUUGAGGCAGAGGAAGAAUCGCUGGAAACACUUUUGAAACGAGAACCAAUGGACGACCCCCCUCAGCCUCCGUCAUCGGAAGCAAAUUUGUUUCAAGAAGAAGUUUCUAUGGUAGCGAAAGCCACCACAGGUCCUGACGACCCAGCAUCAAUUUCAGAUCACAACAACUUGGGUAACAAGUAUGCCACUACAUUGAAUCAAAUGGAUACUUACUGUGAACAAAAAUCGGAACACACUGGUAAUCAACGUGUCUCCGUAAUCGACGAGCAACGACUGUUUAUGUCAAAUAAGAGACGUAGUUCCCAAAAGGAUAUCGCCGCUGCAGAGCUCUCAGUGGCUACAAUGCAGAGCUCAAAAGCUACUCGUAAUGUGCUUAAAAACAAGCAAAAACACCAGUGCCCCCAUUGCUCCGCCACGUAUCCAAACACAUCAAAGCUGAAGGUUCACAUCCGCACUCACAACCGCAAAAAGCCGUUCAUCUGUAAAGUCUGUAGCAAAACGUUCCAUGCGGCAAACAACCUGCGCAUCCAUAUGAAAAUUCACAACAAGGACCAACAUCAAUGUCCUCAUUGUCCUGGCAAAUUCGCGGUGCAAUACCACCUUAAAAAUCACAUUCGGACUCAUACCGGCGAAAAGCCGUUCAUGUGUGAAGUAUGUAGCAAAACGUUCCAUAAGGCAAACAUCCUGCGCACCCACAUGAAAAUUCACAACAAGGACCAACAGUGUCCCUACUGCCGUGGCAAAUUCGCACUGCAAUCCCAGCUUAAGGAUCACAUUCGAACUCAUACCGGCGAAAAGCCGUUCAUUUGUAAAGUCUGCAGCAAAGCAUUCCAUGCGGCAACCGCUCUGAGCAUUCACAUGAAAAUUCACAACAAGGACCGACAUAGAUGUCCUCAUUGUCCUGGCAAAUUCGCACUGCAAUCUCAGCUUAAGGAUCACAUUCGGACUCAUACCGGCGAAAAGCCGUUCAUCUGUAAAGUCUGCAGCAAAGCAUUCCAUUCGGCAAACAACCUGCACAAUCACAAGAAAAUUCACGACAAGAACCAACAAUGUCCCUACUGCCCUGACAAAUUCGCACUGCAAUCUCAGCUUAAGGAUCACAUUCGGACUCAUACCGGCGAAAAGCCGUUCAUCUGUAAAGUCUGCAGCAAAGCAUUCCAUUCGGCAAACAACCUGCACAAUCACAAGAAAAUUCAUAACAAGGACCAACAUAAAUGUCCUCAUUGUCCUCGCAAAUUCGCACUGCAAUCUCAGCUUAAGGAUCACAUUCUCCGUCAUACCGGCGAAAAGCCGUUCAUCUGCAAAGUCUGCAGCAAAGCAUUCCAUUUGCUAAAAUGCCUAAAAUCCCACAUGAAAGUUCAUAACAAGGACGGGAAGCCUCCUGCACCAACACAUGAAAACUCAUAACAAGAACCAAUAUCAAUGUCCUUAUUGCCCUGGCAAAUUCGCGGCAAUCAACGGCAACGGUAAUCAUAUCUGGGGCGCCAGACACAUAGCAAUUCGGACCGCAAAAACGUCAUUUCGUUUGCACUUCG